CGGUUUACAUCUGUUUUUAUUUUUUUGUUAUUCAAGAAUGACCCAUCUUAGUGAUUUCUCAUAUUUACAAAGAGAUGUUCAAGAAAUUUAUUUAACUAGUUUUUUAAUGAUUCGAAUGUGGCAAGCUGAUGGAUUCAGGUGUCUUUCUCCGAAACGACUUAUUAAUGGUGAACUUCGAUCUAUCAUCACAUGGUUUAUGUUUUUAUUACUGAUAGCACAAUCUUCUUGGGAUUUACUGUGUACAUAUAUCAAAUACACCGAAGGCUUUAUGCAAGUUGCACCAGGGAUUAUUAUCAGUAAACCUUUUUCUCAGUGGUCACCGAAGAAUCAAGAUCCUAUCGCGGUGAUGAAUUACAUUCAAUGUAUCACUUUCUCUUUGCAAGUCAGUAUUCUUUUAUUAUUACAAUGCUUUUGGAAUUAUCUCUCAAAUACGGUGGCCAAACAUAGUUUUAUGAGCUCGAAGGAAUUCUCUCUUUAUAUCAUCUUUACUAUUGGUUCUAUGGCUAUGUUUCCUGUCCUUCAAUACUUUUACAAAAAGACUGCUUUGGAAGAAGUGGUUCCUCAAACGGCUUAUUCUUGUGAAAUUCUUUGUGUCGCACUUUUGGGAUUCAGAAAUCAUGGACGAUUCAAUCGACUUAUCAAAGUAGCAACAGGCAAUGGAAAGAGAUCUGACGUUCAUGUCUCUGAUAAAUUAGCUUACUUCCGUGAUAUGAACUUACUCUUAUCAGUUGCCUUGGUGGCAUUUGGUGGUGGCAUAUUCAUCUUGUGUAUUGACGGUUUUACAGCAAAUAAGGUCAUCAACUCUCACAAAUUUGCUGCUGACUUAUUGAUCUGCAAUGCUAAUAUCAGUUCCAUCUUUAUCUGGCUUAUCAUUAUCGGUAUCUUUCAUCCUGCUCGAGUUGCCAUUGAGCCAAGAUCAAUAAAUAAUACUUCAACAAAAGAAACACCUGCUAGGCAACCUUUCAAGAGAACUUCAAAGACGCAAUCACUGAGUACUCCUGUGCCAUUGUCACCCAUUGUCUCACCUCCCAGUUACAUUCAUACCAACAACAACAACAACCAAGCUUAUUAUAUGGAUAGUGGAAAGAAUAAGGAUAUGGUGGAUACCAAACAAGGAUAUAUGUCAUCUUCACCUUCUGAUACCAUCAGUACGACAGCAACGCCUAUUGUUGGUGGCGGACUCAAUCAUCCUCAACAUCACCAGCAACGCCAUCGUUUUAACAUUGUUUCUAUUGAUGAUCCAUAUGCUACCGAACCAGUCACUUUCUCUAUGGUCAAUUCUGUUCCCAAUAGCAAAGGUAACACUGUAUCUUAUGCAUCUGCGGUGGAUUACUAUGGUGUCAAUGACAAUCAAACUUCACCUUCGAUAUCUUCUUAUGGGUUCCGAUCUAUGCCAGCCUCUCCUCCUCCAGAUCAAGACUUGCCCCCUGUACCUACAAAUGCUAAUCCAACCUCUUUACAGUCAUCCACUCAUCAACAGCAUUCUGAUCUUCAUUCUAAUGUCAACUCUAGCCAUCAGCAACACCCACAGGAUCUGGACAUUGGUUGGUUGGAAAGAUCCCAUUAGUCCUAGUCGUAGAUGAUUCAUAUGAUAUUCCAGCUUAGAUUUAUUAUUAUUAGAUUAUUAUUAUUAUUAGAUCAUUAUUAUUAUUAGAUCAUUAUUAUUAUUAGAUUAUUAUUAUUAU